AUACCAAAAUAGCUAGUCGUUCUUAUCUAUCAGUUGAAUCAAUAAUUAACUCUAUAAUUAGUUACCCUAAAUACAAAAAUUUGAAUUUCAAAUAUGAUUUCAAAGCCUACCGAUGCUCACUUAGCAAAUAUACUUAAACUAUAUCAUCAGGAAGAAAUACAAAAUAUAUAUAUUUCGGACUUUUCAGAGUAGACGACUAUGAUUUUAGAGGAACUAAUUGGGAGUUGCGUUGCACUAGUAACGAGGGUAAUGAUUCACACACCAUCGAUAUCUCGGGAAAAUGUGCUACAGGAAAACUGGUCGAUUCAAGAAGAAAAUCAUGAGGACGAGGAAGAAUACGACGGUUUAAUUCACCGUGAAUACGAACAGCAUGAAGCGAGCGAGGCUCCAUAUUAUGAGGAUGGAUCGUUUGCAGGGUCCGAAGCUGGAAAAACAAAGGGACUGAAAGGAAGACUUUCUGUGAAUCGCUUCGCCGAAGCUUUAAGGCAAACACCGGAAUUCUAAUGACAGUCGUUCUCCUGCUAAGCUCGCUAACAGUUGGACUAGUUUUCGUUGAUUUGAAUACAUAUGACACUUGCAUUGAAUGGAUGAAACUAAAUGUCACUGUUCCAUCGCACGUACAGACUCUGCAAAUUGUUGGAAUGUCUUUGAGACUUAUUCCGUUGUACGGCUUGUUCCCAACCUGUAUUGCCAUGCUGUGGGGAUUCAGACAGUUCAAACAGCAUUACUUAUUUCGUCUACUUUUAUGUGCGUUUGUGACAGGAUCGUUAACUUGUGCGUAUGAAAUUAUUAUGUUCGAUAAGUUUUUCCAUGUUGAUUACAACUUAUACAGACUACCUUUCGCCAUCCUGUUCAUAUCUUCUAUUAUCUGCGAAGCGUACUUGGUUGCCAGUAAAUUCAAACGAGUCAACGUCUCAACAUCGUAUAGCGUGUUCCACAUUUCUAUAACGGUUUCCUAUAUUUUUCUUGCGUCAACCCUUUUUGCCUACCUAUACAAUUUUCUCAUCAUAAAUCAUUUCAUAGAAACUAAAGGAAAACUCAAAAAGGCCACAGUUGCUACACUCACGCCAGGAAUUAUCCUCCCGCUGACAGCGAUUGUAAAAUAUAUCGUUCUCAGGAAAAGCACAGAGAUCAUAGCGCCGGAUCGAGCAUUCGUGCUGUGCUACAUCUCCCGCGGUGCCUCCAUCAUACUAUACCGCACUAUGCAAUCUGGAUUUCACAAUAUCUGGCUUUACGUUAGUUUGUCGUUGCUUCACGGAGUAUCGAAUGUUUUGAGUAAGGCAACGCUGAACUUUCGAAUAAGACUUUGGAAAGUUUUUGUUACGUUCUUUAAUAGAACAUGUUGUAGGCCAAGGUUAACAGUGCAAGCUUUAAAUUCUCCUCGAAUUCGCCGAUUGAAUGCUGACCUUGAAACUCAGAAUAUAUUAUUUGAGUACAAUACGAUAAUCUUAAGCCAGGCGUUAUUAACCUGUCACCUAAUAAUGAACUACGACGUGUCAGCUUGGGAUGUCAUCAAGGAAUCUCUGAUCAGGGUAGCCAUUAGUUUGACAAUAGACUUUGUGUUUAACAUAAUAUCCAUGCUAAUUCAAAUCCACGUUUAUGACAUACCAAUGCAAAUGAUCUGGGCGAUACACUGGAGACGCCACGUUCUCGCUAAUGCCUUCAUGAUAAUCGUUUUCGUAUCACAUUUUAGUGCAAUACUUAUCAAGGUUUUUGCCGACAGAAAUGAUACGUUAAGGCUUAGAAAUUGCACGACAGUAUUUUAGUGG